AUGAUGUUGACCUAUAUACUACAUCCCAUCGAGCAACAGCUGACCGACCGGGUUGGAGAAAGGCAGCUUAUCGCGCAAUACCUGGUGUCUCCAAUUGGAGAGGUUGCGACAUCUUAUCUGUAUAGUCUGGUCAUCGCUUUGUCUCCAAAUGACUUGAUGCUGUCUCAGUCUCCUUCACAACCUUCUCGGGGCUCUCGUCGCUCGAGUGCGGGAGCAAAAACUCGGGUCUGUGUCCAUUGCGGACGCAGUUUCAGAAGAACGGAACAUUUGGAGCGACAUGUUCGCACACACACCAAAGAAAAACCGUAUAUAUGCUUCUGUGGCUCCGCAUUCACGCGACGAGAUCUGUUGAAGCGACACACAACCAUUGCACAUCAAAGUACCAGUGGUUUAGUUUCACCGAAUUCGCAACCGGAUCACGAAGCCUUGGACCAUGCCAAUAGAGCCGGAACUUCAGAGCCCACCACUGUUCAGCCCCACUACAACAAUGUUCAGCCGACGCCGCGUCCAGAUGUUUCUAUUCCCAUGCCGCCGAUUGCGGAACAGUGGGCAGGGCCGCAACGUGGACCAUACAUCGAGCAGGAUCGCAAUACUGUUCUAAAUACGGCUAGCAGUAGUGCGGGUGACCUGGGGGCUCAUGCCGGCGCAGUCGGCCAUGAUGCGGAGAUUUUGGAAGCUGCGCAGCUUCUUCUUCCGGGCAACUACCGACCUGCACCGCCACCAGCCCAACCGAUCCCAUACCUACAUGAGGAGCUCAAUCAUUUCCAGGACUUUACUCAUUUUCUAGACUCCAUCGGUCUCCCAUCGGAGUGGGUGCCAGCAUUUGGGGACAUCUCUCAGAUUCACAAUCCUGUGCCAACUGAGCAACCCGAAUUCAACAGAAGUGCUGGGGAACAACAUGAAUCCUCAUCGCGCUCCCGCCAGUCUGAGAGAUCGCGGGCUGACUCGCCCUUCCGGUCGUGGCUGCCGUCCGUACCUCCAGGAGACCAGAGCUUCGCAUCUGUAUCAGACUACGAGCCUCCUCAGAGUAGCAAGAACCCAACGUCGCUGAAAGUUACGGAAGAGCAGAGGCAGCGUCUGGCGGCCUCCUUGGACGAGUUUCGUUACCUUAUACCAGAUUUCGUCCUACCUUCGCGUCACACGUUGACGCGAUACUUGACCUCCUUCUUUUUUGGCUUUCAUACUCAUCUUCCAUUUCUACAUAUACCGACAUUCCGGGUUAAUGAACGAGCCCCGGAGCUCAUCCUGGCUCUCAUGACAAUAGGUGCUCAAUAUCGCUUCGAGCACCGUAAUGCUGAGAGACUGUUUUAUGCAGCCAAGGCGAUUGUAUUGUAUCGACUGUCGAAGGAGUCAAGUUUGCCAUCCUUUAAUUCCAUCAUUCAGAUACCAUUGAAUAGUAUCCGGGAAUCAUCUCAGCGCUCGGGCCAGGAUCCGUUGCUCUCAUCGCCAGAUUUUGCCGCAGGAAUGAACGCUUGGAGGAGAAUUGAAACUAUUCGUACUCUGCUAGCUUUGAUGGGGUACUCUACCUGGGAGAAGGCUGAGCUUGUUCAAGAAGCGUUUGGCCUACAGAAUCUGCUCGUUCGGUGCUUGCGAGAAUUCGAGCUGAUGGAAAAUAUUACAGUUGCCCCACGGCAUUCUCCUUUGCAAUGGCAUGAAUGGGCGGAAGAGGAAUCUAUAAGACGCACCCGUUUCAUCUCAUUUUGCUUUGUUCACGUUCAUAGUAUCGCAUACAACAUCUACCCGGUACUCCGCAGCAGUGAAGUUCAUCUACGUCUCCCAUGUUCCACGAAGGAAUGGAAAGCCGCCACAUCCCACGACUGGGAGGCUGCCCAAAAGGAGGUGGGCUCUCAGCAACUAUUCUUUCAGGAUGCCUUGGCACUAUUGCUGCAACCUUCACGAAAUCCAGUACUUCUGAAUCCAAUCCCUGCGCCUUUGGGUAAUUAUAUUUUGCUCCAUGGCCUACUUCAACGCAUCCAUCUUGUGAGCGAGCUAUCUAUUCCGAAUGGCGACCAGUCAUUUGCGCUUCCGACCGAGGAGUUGAACAAGCUAGAGAGAGCACUCCGGUCCUGGACUUCAGUUUGGCAACAAGCCCCGGAAUCUAGUCUUGAUCCGCAUAAUGAGAAUGGGCCCAUUCCGUUCACUUCUAGUUCACUGUUAGGGUUGGCAUAUGUUCGCUUGUCUCUCAACCUUGGACCGCAUCGUCAGUUGGAGACGCGGGAUCCAUAUCGUAUUGCUACCGCGAUACACAGAUCGCCGCGACCAGGAAGGAGCUAUAGAUUGACACCUGCCCUCAUUUAUUCUGCACACGCACUGAGCAUUCCCGUACGCCUGGGUAUCGACCACGUGGCGCGCAGUCAAGCCUUCUUCUGGAGUGUUCGUCACUCACUUGCCAGUCUAGAAUGCGCUGUUCUUCUUAGCAAAUGGCUUAUGUCCUUGGCUGAAACUGGCAGCAGCCAAGCCCUGAGUGAGAAUGAGAAUCGGAUCUUACAUUGGACGCGUUGCAUUGUGCAAGAAGCUUACGAAUCAAUGGAUCUCGAUGAAGGAGAAUCGUUUCCUAGCCAGGACCCUGGAAGCCUUGGAUUGGCUGUCAUCAAGCUUUGGGCUCGCCUCUUUCGAAAGAACACCCAGUGGCCAUUCAUCAACGUACUUGGGGAGAGCCUGGAGCGGUAUCUUACACUUCUUCAACCAGGCUAA